ACAAACCACCCACACCGAGUUUUAAAAAGGAAGUAUUUCAGUUUGAGCCAAAACUAUUGGAGUGACUCACAAUUGGUAGCAGACAUUCAAAUCAAAUGUCCUCUUUUGAGAUGCAAAAAACCCCACAGCUGUAUUAUCCGAUAUUUCAGGCUGCAGUGGGUGCCUCUCGCUGCCGGUGUGGGCUCCAGCUGAUCCGAGUGAGAAUGAUUCAGAGAGGCGUCGACUUGAAUUGACAGACGACAGCAAAGCCAAGUGUGUCAUCAAAUGGCAGCUAGCAACUCCGGUUUCAUGUCGGACCUGUCUGAAUGGAGGAGACUAUAAGAAGGGCGUUAUGGCCAUGGAGAGCAGUUUGUGGAGUACCUGCGACUACAGCCACAAUGUCACCUUCUUCUACAACUUGGUGGGUAAGAAGAUCAGCGUGGAGUGGGCGCCGCGGGACGUGCUUGUGAUUGGACUGGGCUUGACUGUAUGUCUCAUUGUAGUCCUGGCCAACCUGAUGGUGAUGGCGGCCAUCUCCAUGAACCACCGCUUCCACUUCCCCAUCUACUAUCUCCUAGGCAACAUGGCUGCAGCUGACCUGUUUGCAGGGAUCGCCUACGCCAACCUGAUGCUGCACACGGGCCCCUGGACCAGCACCCUCACCAAGGAGCAGUGGUACAUCCGAGGGGCUUUGAUCGACAUCAGUCUGACGGCCUCGGUGGCCAACCUUCUAGCAGUUGCCGUGGAGCGCCACCAGACUAUAAUCACCAUGCAGCUUCACAGCAAGAUGACUAAGCGGCGGGUGGUGCUGCUGAUGGUCUGCAUCUGGGCUGUGAGCAUCGUCAUGGGGCUGGUGCCCUCGCUGUUUUGGAACUGCGAGUGUGACCUUGAGGACUGCUCCACCGUCGCUCCUCUCUACAGCCGCCGCUUCCUCAUCUUCUGGGCAGUUCUCAACCUGCUCACAUUCUUCAUCAUGGUGGCCAUGUACACUCGUAUCUUCUUCUAUGUGAGGUACCAGAUUUCACACAUGUCCCAGCACAGCUCGGAGAUAAGGCACAGGCAGACUGUUUUCAACCUGAUGAAGACUAUCUCCAUUGUACUGGGCGCCUUUGUGAUCUGCUGGAUGCCCGGCCUCGUGACGCUCUUACUGGACGGGCUGUUGGGCAAAGCCAGUCACGCCAACUCCUACGAGAAGUUCUGUUUGGUCAUAGCAGAGUGCAACUCUCUGGUCAACCCCAUCAUCUAUUCCUUGCGAGACGAGGAGAUGCGGAGGACGUUCAAGUGGAUCCUGUGCUGCCUGUGUGGGAGGGGGGGGGACAAGCAGAUGGAGCUUUCACCUGUCGAGAUGAACCCCCCACUGACAGAGGAAGCUCUUGGCUGUGUCCAGAAAUCAGAAGAUCUGGCCGUCUGUCCAGAAACAAACAAUAAAGAAUCCAGCUGGACGAUACCGGGGGUCUGAUGUCUGUAGGCCUGCAUCUCAAACAAACCGACGACACGUCGUGUAAAAUCCUUCUUCGUAUUUUCUGCCAAAUGACCUGUCAUAUGUUUGCAAUUGUAAAAGAUAUAUAUAUAAAGAUGCAUCUUUUGAAAAUAAUUGUAUCCAUGUCGAACCAAUGCUUUCAUUCCUCAGUUUAGCGUUUCCUCAGUCUGACGAGGCGGACAGAUCCACAUGUUGAUCCUCGAAUGGUGCAAUCUCUCCUUUUAUUACAUUUGACUAUCACAAGAGCAUUUGUGACAAAUGAUAAAAUGAAACACUCCUAAAAUCUGAAAUGAAAUACUGAAAAAUCACACUAAAUCAUUUUAUUAAUUUUCUAAUAAGAACACUACAAUUUGUCAUAUUCUUCCUUUUUGUUUUACUCUUUCUAGAACAAUUCUAAAGUUGAGGUAUAAAAGGAGUUCAUACAGACUCACAAGUCUGAAAACAGUGGGGGUUAUAUACAAGAGAAAUGGAAAGACAGAGGUAGAGAGAGGGGUAAAUACAAGGGAAAGAGGGGAUACGAAUAUACUAAUAAAAAAAGAAAUCAAAAAGGUUUACGAAGCCAUUUGGCGCGGUGGAAGUCAUUUCAGAAUCUAAACGAGAUUCAAACAUGAUUAACCGUAAAAACUUGAAGAUUUGCAGAUAUGUUGAAAAAAUUCAAGGGACCACAUGUUUGUCUUGAAGUGUUUCUCAUAAAUGCUUUUUGCUCUUCUCAUUAUGUUUGAGGUGAGUUGACAUGAAAAGAGCAAAUCGUAGACCAUCUGCUUUACGGUGAAGGUCUCUGGAUUCAGGGUGUAUCAAGAAUUGUAACCAUUUUAAAUGACGUUGAAGUUAACCUAAUCCCUCAAAGAUUAAGUAUGAACUUCCUCUCAGUUGUAAGCAAAUAUACUGCUUGCAUAUUCUUACAAUAGUCAGGCAUUACAAAUUAGUUUCUGGGAUUAAAUGUCUACAAAACCGGCAACAUCUGCACAUUUACAUGAAGUCAUGUCGGAUCAGUUUGAAGCCUCCGGAGCAAAACUGAAUGACCCUCCGUGUAACUAUUAAAGCUUUUGUAACUCCGUAAACCUAAACUUGAAUACGAUAAAACUAUUUGAUACCUCUUUUAGAAAACUAAAUAGAUUUAGGAUUGAAUGACAAAACAGAUGGGUGAAUAUUCUGAGAAUUGUGGAGAAGGUUGAGACUGAUGGGAAAGGUUACCCAUGAGGCUUUAGGGCAGAGUACACCUACUAUUGUCUAGGUGUAGAAUUGUCUUUCCACAGCACCAAAUGUCACACCUGUAAACCCUCCAGCCACGCGGCUAUGUAACAAAAGACCUAAAUAAUAUUCAAAAUGGAUAGUUAUCGUGAAUCCUGUCACACAAAGGCCAAAUAAAACUGGCAUCUCAACCGAACAACAAAGUUUAUAAAAGGAAAAAAAAAAAUACUGAAACAUUACACAAACUGUACAGUGACAUCCAUUACAACAGGUAGAAAAAGGGGGGCAUGAUAAUUUGGUGUGGCGAUAACGUUAUUCAUAAGAUACAGUCGUAUGAACCGCGAUGAGUAACAAAACAAUAAUCAGAUGUGGGAUACAACAUGUGAUUAGCUCAAGUUUUGUUCUGUAACAUAAUUCAAGAAAGUCUUGACGGACACUGCAUAAGGCUUUACCUUACUUUCAAAAUACUUUGUUAAUCACAUAAAAGUUAAUGUAUAAAAUAGUUCCAAAGAAUGAAAAAACGUUGCAGGUUUGUCUUAAACACGAGUUAAGAGUUUCACUACCCCCCCCAGUGCUGCCUCUUUUUUGGUAAAAGAGGAGAGAGAGAAGCUCUUGCCCAAUUGGCCGUAUAACUAUAAACAAAUGGUGGUUUUAACAGGUGUUAGGGGAAGGGUUACAGAGCAUAACUGAUACGCUCACAAUCAAAAUAGAGCUGUGAUAUGACAGUCCUCACUCCACCCACCCUCCCAUGAUGCCCCACAACAAAAGCCCCAAGAGUCAAAUCAAGUUGAGGCAUGACAACACCACACAGAGACACAGAUACAAAUAUAAUUCCCUCCUCUCCUCGAACUCAAAAGGUGGCUGUGCACCAACGUUAGAGACACACAGAGUAGCAUUAUUACAUUGCUGAACGUGGUAUUUUUGGUUUUGACACAACAGAAGGUUGUAGUGUGUUGCCUCGGGCUAACAAGCUUAAAUGUUUUCCAGAUGGGGAGCAGUGGACCCCACCUGGAGUGUCAUUGGCUGGCGGAAGCACCCAGUCUCUACAAUGCUUACAAAGGUCAGAGGGCACCAGCCAGUGUGACGAAGACAUCCCAAGAGCACUGUACACACGCCCACACACAGACACACACAUCAUAGCAAUACAUGAUGCACUUUUUCCUUUUUGGUCUGACUGUAAUAAUUAUACCCUUUAUUAUUAUUAUUAUUAUUAUUAUUUUUUGUUAAUAAAAACGAAGCUAAAAACUUGGAAGGUUAAAUGAAAACAAUAAUAUCACGCCUAGGAGUCCUACAUGCAUGGAAGACGGUCACGUUUCUAAAGUCAUGUCACGUUUGUCCCAAUAACACAUCAAUGCCCCACAAUCGUUCCACCUUCUCCUCCUCACGUCACUUAGAUGCUUUAUUGAGCUCAUUUUUGGUGGCGGCUGGUGCAUUCUUGGUGAAACAGCAUUAGAAAAUAGCCUACAAUCAAAUAAACUAGUGGACAGAAA